AUGGCAGAUCACGUGACUAUAAGGGUAAAUGCGCGCCGAAACCCUACCCGCGCACAGUCAGCUAACACCCUAACUUCGCCGACCGCCGAGUUUUUCGAUCCUUCAACCCGCUACAACCGACGGACCAUUCCUCGAGGAUCUGGACUUUCAUGCCGGUUCAAGACCAGCAGAUGUAUGGAUGAUACGCAUCUCCCAUCCGGCAACGGGCUGAAGAACUCCUUUUUCAAGGAAGGGGCACUCUUUGCGCUCGACGACUAG